AUGGCAGACAGUUUCCUUGAUUCCACAGCAUCGAGUCCAGGUUCUAUCAGAGCGAUAGACGGCCACUCCGUGCAUAGGAUCACUUCUGGUCAGGUAGUCAUCGACCUUCAAACAGCAGUGAAAGAACUUGUCGAAAACAGUCUUGACGCCCGUGCUACAAAUAUCGAGGUCCGGUUUCUUAACUAUGGGCUCAAGUCCAUCGAAGUUAUCGAUAAUGGAUGCGGCAUAGCCCCAAAGGAUUAUGACAGUGUCGCCUUGAAGCACCACACAUCCAAACUUGCUGCUUUUGAGGACCUCUCAACCGUCUUAACCUUUGGUUUUCGCGGCGAAGCCUUGUCCUCGCUGUGCGCUCUGAGUGAUGGAGUCACCCUCACGACUGCUACUGCUAACGAGGCCCCGAUGGGUACCAUACUUGAAAUGGACCGAACGGCAAACUUAGGAAUUCCAAUUCCAAGGUCGCAAGACAGGUAUCGGGGAACUACAGUUGCUGUAUCCUCUCUCUUCAAACCCUUGCCAGUACGCCGUAAGGAGCUCGAAAGAAACGCGAAGAGAGAGUUUGGCAAAGCACUAAACUUGCUGUAUGCAUAUGCGCUGGUUCCGUGCGCAACCGAGAAUAGAGGUGUGCGACUAGCUGUGAGCAAUCAACUUGAGGGAGGCCGCAAAACCAUACAGCUUAAAACCGACGGGUCGCCCUCCAUUAAAGCGUCAGUCACAGCAUUGUGGGGGUCCAAGGGGCUUGACAAUGUUGUCGACCUCGAUCUUUCAUUUGAUGUCCUAACGGAGAAAACUGUCCUACGGCGCCUUGACCAGGAGAGUGCCAGCGUUACCACAGUGAAAGUCCGUGGGCUCAUCUCCAAGUUUGCUGUAGGCGCAGGCCGCACAGGAAGUGAUCGCCAAUUUUUUUAUAUCAAUGGACGCCCCUGUAACCUUGGAAAGAUCCAGAAGGCAUUCAAUGAGGUAUACAGAUCAUUUAAUGUUGGCCAGUACGCCUUUAUCAUAGCAGACUUCAUUUUACCCACUCAUGCCUGCGACGUCAACGUCAGUCCCGAUAAACGAACCAUCCUUCUCCAUAGCGAGCAGAAUCUAAUUCAAGCUUUGAAGGUAUACACGAGCUUUGGAAGUGGCUUUUACUUCGUCUCGCUCGACGUUUGA